AUGGCUUCGACUAUCUUCUUGAUUCUAACUAUUCUUUUAAGUUCCAGAACUUUGGAAGGUACAUCUCGUGGUGACACCUUUGAAGUUUCUGCCACGGAGAAACAUGAGCAAUGGAUGGCUAGAUUCCAACGUGUUUACUCCGAUGAAUCUGAAAAAAGAAAUAGUUUUGAUGUCUUCAAGAAGAAUUUGGAGUUCGUCGAGCGCUUCAACAUGAAUAAGAACAAACCAUAUAAGUUGGAUGUUAACGAUUUUUCUGACCUCACCGAUGACGAAUUUCGGGCGACACACACGGGACUAGUUGUUCCCAAGGGUAUAAUAGGAAGUUCAACAUCGGAGUCUGACAAAAUGAUGCCGUUUAGAUAUGGGAAUGUUAGUGAUGCCGGAGAGAGCAUGGAUUGGAGACAGCAAGGGGCCGUUACGCCUGUUAGUGGAUAUGAGACUGUUCCGAUGAACAACGAGGAAGCUUUGCUUAGGGCGGUGUCUCAACAGCCCGUCUCAGUGGGGAUAGAAGGGAUUGGAGACGCAUUUAGGCACUAUUCGGGCGGGAUAUUUGAUGGAGAGUGUGGGACGGAUUUGCACCAUGCAGUUACCAUUGUUGGUUAUGGAGUGAGUGAAGAAGGGACUAAGUAUUGGGUGGUGAAGAAUUCAUGGGGGCAAACUUGGGGAGAAGGUGGUUACAUGAGGAUCAAGAGAGAUGUGGGUGCACCAGAAGGAAUGUGUGGUUUAGCCAUUCUUGGUUUCUAUCCACUUGCUUGA